CUUUUUUGUUUGCAGUGGUUUAGGCCACAAGCAUCACUACAGGCAAAAUGAAAAUCUUCACAGGGAUGAAGUCGAGGAUUGCUUUAUUGUUGCUGAUCGUUAUUACCCAUGAUGCAGGAUUGGUUGAUGGUGUAUAUUAUGUUCCAAGCCAAUCGUCCCCUGGCAAUUCGUUCUUGCAUUGGUUUUCCUCAGAAGUCAGAGUUCCCCAACAUGCCUCAGGCCAACAGCCGUCCAGCUUCAGUGAACCCUCCCAGUCAUUUCAGAGUGGGCCUACUUCAGUAGGUCAGCCUUCCUUUCUUCCCCAGCCUGUUCCAACAAAAACACAACCUAUGCAGAGCAACUACCACAGUGGUAGACCGGUUGACCGAAACAAUGUUCAGACAUUGCAGACCCAGUAUAGCCAAGGUAGGCAGAGCUACCAGCAGACACAGGUCAACACCAAGCCAGUGACUUUUUCAACACAGACUAGCAAUAAUCCAUUGCCUCAUCAGAGUCUCCUUACUCCAUCUACAAGCUCCAGCCAGUCCCCUAGGCCUCAACAGAUGCUAUACAACCCUGAACCGAGCAAUCAGAAACCACUACCUGUGUCUAGACCAGUGAAUGUUUGGAACUCCCAAGAAAGCCAGCAUGGAGAAGUACUGAGCAACACCAGACCAAUUCAAGGAAACCACCAGUCAUCCCAGACCAGAUAUCCAACAAACUAUUUUGUACAACACGGCUCUUGGAGACCAGCAGCAGCUACUGCCAGACCAGUACAAGCAAACUACCAGUCUUCCCAGAGAACAUCAGCAAGCCCUGUUGCUCAGCAUGUUGAGAGGCCCAGGCAAUCAGAAUAUUUGGCAAAUCCUGGCCAGAACUGGCAUCAACCUCCUGCUCCAGUUUCUAAAGGUCAGUUUGCAAAGCCAGAGCAGAGCCAGCAGACCUCCAUUCCAGCACAGGUUAACUACCAUCCCUCCCAGACCAGAUAUCCAACGAGCUCUGUCAUCCAACAAAGCCCUUGGAAUCCAGCAGCUACUGCCAGACCAUCAGGGCAUCAGAGCUGGCGUCCAUCUUCAGUUUCUGGUACUCAAAUGCAGUUCAAGCCUCCGCAGAAUCCUCAGGCCCAACAAGGCUCUUGGAAACCAGCAGCUACUGCCAGACCAGUUCAAGCGAGGCCCCAGCAAUCAGAAUAUUUGCUAAAGCCUGGCCAGAACUGGCAACCCUCUACUCCUGUUUCUAGAGGUCCAGUUGCAAAGCCAGAGCAGAGACCGCAGACCGCCAUACCAGCAAAGGGUAAAUACCAGCCCUCCCAGACCAGAUAUCCAGCAAGCCCUUUCGUCCAACAAAGCCCUCGGAAACCGGCAGCUAUUGCUAGACCAGUGCAAGCAAACUACCAAUCUUCCCAGGAAACGUCAGCGAGCUCUGUUCUGCAUGCUGAGAGGCCCCAGCCAUCCCAGACCAGGUCUCCAGCAAGCUCUGUGGCCCAGCACAUGGGUGCCUGGAGUUCAGCCUCAACUGCUAAGCCAGUCUACAACUGGCCUCUACCAUACGCAGGUUCCAACAAUCCCCUGUCCUCUAUGCUGGAGUGGAGGCCCCCGACAGCCACCCCAUCCAGGACUGCACAGAGUAAUUACCAGACAUCCCAGAGUAGAUUCAACAACCAAGCUCUGGCCCAGUCAGCUAACCGCUUUAAGCCAGCUUCACCUGUCCAUGAGAAACCUAGAUUCAGUCCAAGCCAGAGCAGCAGGCCUUCUGCCCAAAGUGGUGUUAUGCCCAUACAGAGCAGUUAUGAGGCUGCUGCUGGUCGAUUGCAGAGUGGAUCAAGGCUUGUAGUUGCAUCUGGUACUGGUGAGAAUCGGGGGCAGUCGUAUUCACCUAGUCCAGUCCAAGGUAAUCGGCAACAAAGUCCAGUUUGCAACUCCUGUCCAUAUGCCCAUCCCUAUGCCUCCAUCUCUCAAGGAGUGGCUUCUGGCAACUCUCGCCUUGGUCAGACCAAGAGCUAAAGGCUCAGAGUAUGUCUAUGCAGUGUUGAGUGAAGAUGCCUUGAAACAAAGUCUCAAUAAAAUGUCUUUACAGUA